AUAAAAAUGUUGCUCAUGUUAAGACAAUAAUAAUAAUUAAUAAAGAAAGUUGAACGUUUUAUACACACCUCACGGAAUUCAUUUUUUCUCUUUUAUUUGCAUCAGACGUGUGGGAAAAAGAAAUAAAAAUUAUUUGAUUGAUUGGAUGGAAAAAUGUGAACUGUCGAGUGAAAGAUUAAGUGAAAGAAAUGCAUUAGCUAAGAUAUUUAAUAUUUUUAAUCGAAAAGAUAAAGAAGAAAUUUUUACAACGUGAAAUAAGAUCGUUUGGUGUAAAACAAAAAAGGAAAUAAAUAUAAAAAUGAAGUUCAGCAUCGGAUUGCUGUUAAUAUUAUUGUUUUGGAAAGAAAUAAAUGCAGAAACGCGUCAAGCUGCAUCGCCGAAAGUUAAACUUGCUAUCAAUAAAUGUUGUCGCAUUGGCGAUGUGUUGAACAAAGAUUUAAAAUGUGAUGCCGGAAUUGGAUCAAAUAAAUGGGCACCAAAAGUGUUUUUUCCCAAAAAACAAACUUUCUAUGUCGAGACCGGCAGCUUGCCCAACUUCAUGGUGACACAAGAAGAAGUUCGGCCAUUGUGUAAGAACUUUGAUCUUGUCAACAGCACUGAAGUUUUCAUCGUUGGUAAUGGAUCACUUUACCUUUACGACAAACAUAUUUCGAUCAAUAAAAUAGAAGAUUAUUGUGUUGAUCAAGUGCUGAGUGUCGUCUGUCGUCGUGACAAAGAAUCAGUGCCUGACAAUAUGGCUCUUAUUGAGCUGACAAAAUGCUGCGGCCCAAAUCAAAUUUACUAUUAUAAUAGUAAUGCAACUAACACGCCUUGCCAGACAAUUAACAACUCAAAUCCGUUAUUCGGCCGCCCGCUAAUCGAAGGUGUUUACGUUGACUUGACUUACAAAUUUCCUGAUUGCACUUCUAAUGAGUUUGCUAUCGCUGGCCCAUUUCUAAGCGCUAAUCACUAUCCAGAAACGGGCGACGUGAGAACUGAGUCAGGAAAGGUUUUUCACCGCAAUCAGUAUUGUUUAGAUCACGUACAAAGCGAAAGCUACGAAGGUGUUAAAAUAUUUACCUGCUCGGAGCAUUACGCAAUCUUACCGUCGAUCACUAGUCAGCAUCAGGAUGAUGCACGUUUCGCCAUCUACUCAAUAGGAUUACUUAUAUCCGUUCUUUUUCUAUUUGCAACACUUGCCGUGAGCUUUCUACUCAUUUCAAAUCAUCACGUGCUACAUUGGAGAUGUCAAACGAAUUACGUGAUUUGUCUGCUGAUUGGCGAUCUUUUGCUCGCAAUUACGCAAUUAGCGGGAAGUAACAUAACUGGAGCUUCGUGUGUUGUUAUCGCACAUCUCAUGCACUUUUUCUUUCUUGCAACAUUCUUUUGGCUUAACGCUAUGAGUUUCAAUAUCUGGUGGACCUUCAGAGAUUUCCGGCCCACAUCAAUGGAGAAAGGGCAAGAAUUAGUUCGUUUGCGGAUCUAUGAAGUUUAUGCAUGGGGAAUGCCAAUUGUGAUCACAGUCGUCGCAGCAAUUCUUGAUAAUCUACCAGAAAGUUCGACUGAAAGAUUUCUACGACCACGUUUCGGCGAAAACAAAUGUUGGUUCUAUGGUGACAUGGAAAUAUUCGCGUACUUUUUUGGUCCCAUUGGGAUUCUUCUGUGCGUGAAUGUUAUGCUAUUUCUAUCUACAGCACGCCAAUUAACUUGUGGCUUGUGGAAGCGAGACGAUGUAAAAUCAACGACAGAACGAGCGGCAUUGGGACGAGUUUGCCUGAAGCUGGUGAUUGUAAUGGGCGUAACAUGGAUUGUUGAUGUUCUCUCAUGGGCUGUCGGUGGACCGCAUUAUAUUUGGUACUUCAGUGACAUCGUAAACUCGUUACAAGGUUUGUUCAUCUUUAUUGUUGUCGGAUGUCAGCCUCAGGUGUGGUCCGCCUUAAAACGCUUGUGGUCAUCACGAUCAAGUGAUCAUCGGAUGACAGGAACAACCAACGGUCCACAACAUUCAAUAUCAUCGCAUGGUAUUCCAUCAAUGGACGCCAGUGUUACCAACAACACAACAACUAACUCCAAAGUCGUGCCAGUCGAGACGAUGUGUUAAUUACUUUACAACAAAAGAAGAAGUUUCAUGGAAAAGGUUCAAUACUCGAACGAAACUGAAGAACGACUCCAAGUGACGAUAAAUUAUUAAGACGCACACAAAUUAAAUUAACUAAUAGUUUUUACUUAAACUUCUUAAGUAUUAUUUAAGCUCACGCUUUAUCUUGUACAUUUCAUGAUUCCUUCUGUUUAUCAUUUUUUUAACACAGACAUUUCAUUUUUCUUUCAUUGUUGUGAUAUGCCAAUAAUAUUCUCAUUACUGUUUCUCUUGUAACCACCCACACUUUACUUUCAAAUAAUUACUAGCAUACAUUUACAAAUUCCCUUUUCUUAGGACAUUGUAGAUGGUUAAGUAGAAAAUUUAUAUCAUGUUUUAUGCCAAAAUAAUCCAACCCUGCCAAUCUUUAUGUAGGUUAAUCGUAAGCUUUUGAUCGAGUUUCAAAUUUAAUUCUGAAACAAUUUUUUUGAUAUCUAACAACAAAAUAAUUCGCAAAUUUCGUAAACAAAAAAAAGUUCUUUAGGUUUAAGAAAUCCACAAAAUUGGGGACUCGAAACGAAGGAAAUAAUUAUUAGUGCAUUUGUUUAUGCAGCUUAAAUUGACUGAAAUACCAAAACAAUAAUAAAAACAAAAAAAGAAUUGAGAAAUGAUAA